ACUGAGUGGAUGAUGGAUCAGGUCGCGGGAGCGCUGUGUUUGUCACUGAGCAUUUAAAUAGCUCGCGAUCGCCCUUCGCGAUUGCAUUACACGGUGCAAAAGCGUGUGCUGGGGCUGAGGACCAGGAGAGACAGCCUGAGAUCUCCUCUCCCUCUCUCUCUCUCCCCUGUUGCAUUCGACGAGAGAGAGAGAGAGAGAAAAAAGAAAGAAAAGAGAGAGCAAAAGCCGGGGGUCGCAAUGGGUUGCACCCCAUCCAAAUCCAAGGUACCUUACGCUCAGGAUAAAGUGUGCAAAGACUUCGAUACCUGCUCCACUUUCGUGUCCAGCUUGAAAAGUUCCUCCUCCACCCCAGAGAGGCCGGGCCACCCCGAGCCACUCGUCCAAACCGACACCAAGCAAGCCUUCCUCAACGUUCCAAGUAACGUUCAUAAGCGAAGUGUGACACAGUUACCAAACACAGAUGCACAGAGCACUCGGCAGACAAGCAACAGAGAGGAAAACAGAGACUGUAGCUCAACAGAUGAAGAAACCACGGAACACUGACCAAUGAACUUUAGAAUACAAAGCAGAUGUGUCCGACAAAAAGCAAGACCCCAAUGGUCAAAGGUCCAAAAUGAAACUACAUCUCCAGGAUCCUUUCACUGAACUGUUGAAGGAACAAGCUGACAUGAUAAUAGACCGAGUCGUGGCCGAAUCUUUGGCCUACCUGAAAGAGUUGCAAAUGAAAGAAGAGAGAAUUGAAUAUGAAUUCAAAAACAUCGAUUGGAGUUCAUGCCAGGACUUCACAAUAGAAAUCGGGGCAAGACAAAUAGAAGAAUAUAUUGCUGUGACGUGGGAGAUUUCCAAAUGCUGGCUUCAUUGCCUAGAUUUCUUGUACAUGGAAGAACUGGAAUAUAAUACGCGUUACCAUUAUCGUGUGCGGUGGAGUAUUCCUACCCGGAGGAAGCCUAUUCCACGAGCGACAGCUUGUACCUACUUUAUUAUUGAGCUCUCCAAAGUCAAACCUUCUCACUUCCCGGUUGAAGUUUACUUCUAUUUCGAAUCAAACAAACUUAUGCACAGGCCAAACCACUCAAGAUUCAGAGAAAAGUGGCUGAAGAAUAUUAUCCAAAAUAAAAUUCUGCUAAUGGAAACAGUCACAUUCUAACAGUAUGUUGUCUGGAAAGAGGGAAAACACAGAACUCAGAAAUACUGAAACUGAUUCAGUCUGUUUAUUUAACUUGCCUUGCGUUUUCUCCUUUCUUGAAGUCACUGCAUGUUUGAGUCCACAAUUCCAGAAUUGUAAGGCCUUCAGUGCCUCACCCAGUUGGGAGAUGGAAAGUCAGUGUCAUUGGUCUAUUGUAAUAAUAAUAAUCCUUGCAUUUGA